AUGACUUCGAAGCUAGUUCCUCCCCAUCCCGAAUCCGUGAUGUCUAUACGGCAGGUAACGCCGAACAUCACGACUUGCUCUGCUCCAUUCUACCGAUUUGGUAGGAUAAAGCUGUCAGUCAAGCUUCAAUCCGGCGCAUUGGCAGUAUUCUCCCCCACUGCUCUCACCCCUGAAGUCCGCUCUACCGUUGAAUCAUUGGGCAACAAAGUCUCCUAUAUCGCAGCAUUAGACUUUGAACACCACAUAUAUCUCGGAGAUUGGGCUAAAGCGUAUCCUAACGCGAAAUUGAUGGGUGUAGAAGGGUUACCUGAGAAGAGAGAGAAGAACCCGGAGACUAAGGGCAACAUCUUCAAAUAUGUCUGGACUAAUCAGAACAAGGACCAUUUGAAAGUCGAUGAGGAUUUUGACAAGGAGUUUGAUUAUGAAUAUGUUGGCUCACACGCGAAUAAGGAGCUAGUAUUCCUGCACAAACCAGACAGAACCUUGAUCGAGGCGGACAUGAUGUUCAAUCUCCCUGCGUAUGAGCAGCAUAGCAAGGACAAAGAAAACGCGGAGUCUGGAAUUUUGACGAAGCUGUUCACUGGAUUCCAAAACACGAAAGGAACGGCACUUUGGCAGAAGAGAUUCCUGUGGUACGUGGCUAGUUCGGCGAAUCGGCCAGACUUCAAUACCAGCGUUCAUAAGAUCAAUGGGUGGAAUUUUGAUAGAAUCAUUCCUUGUCAUGGGGAUGUCAUCGAGACGGGUGGGAAGGGAAUAUUUCAGAAGUUGUUUGCGUGGCACCUUCAGGCUGGAAAGAAGGACUCCUGA